AUGAAGUUCGGAAGGGAGCUCCUGGCACACAUCCGCCAGUGCGAAUCCAGCUCUCCUCCUUGCACCGGGGGCGACUAUGUGGAUUACAAUGCGCUGAAGCAGCUCAUUAAGGCCGGCUGCACAGAAGAUGAUUUCCAGAAGCUCUUUGACAGGGAGCUUGCCAAAGUGUCGGCGAACCUUGCAGCGGGUGAGGCACUGAAUCGCGAUCCGAAGUACGCGGUUAUCAACCGCCAGGCUUUGGACAAGAUCAGUAAGAAGUUCGACAAGCGCUUGAAUGGGCAGAUCCGAGCCACGAACUGGGUCACCACCAGCGCAGAGUUGGCCAAAGCUGUAGGAGGUCUGCAAAUCGAAGAUGCUUUUAGCCCACCUGACCUUGAGCCCGCACAAAGGUCGGGUGCCGUGAUUUUCUGUGCCGGCGCCUUCUCCGGCAUCAUGUCAAGAACUCUGACGGCACCUUUGGACCGCAUCAAGAUCAUGAUGCAGGCGGGCAACGCACCUAAAGUCGGCGGGCAACGGCCCCCACACCGUUGGGAUGCCUCCUCUCCCAAACUGAGGGCUGCCGCACAGGCGAUACUGCGCGAUGGAGGUCCCGGAGCAUUCUGGCAGGGGAAUGGGGCCAACGUGCUGAAGGUGAUGCCAGAGUCUGCCGUCAAGUUCUUGGUUUAUGACAAGGUGAAAGCCGCCAUAUCCGACACAGAGACCUUGCUGCCUGUCUCUGAGCGGCUAGUUGCCGGAUCUGUCGCUGGCUGCAUCUCGCAGGCCGUUGUCUAUCCACUGGAUGUAACAAAAACUCGCCUGGCCGCUGCGCCGUCAGGUACUUACUCUGGUAUCUUGGACUGCCUGCAGCGCACCGUCGCAGUGGAAGGCUUUCGUGCGCUUUACAAGGGGAUUUGGCCCGCCUUGCUGGCCAUUGUCCCCGCUUCCGGCAUCGACCUGGCUGUCUACAACACCCUGAAGGUGCCCUGA